UCUCUCUCUCCUAACACACAGACAGCACAAUCCACCAUGACCAGGGGGCGCUGUGUCUUUGCCGUGCUCUCCGUACUUCAUGUGUGUGUGAGUGUGGAGUUGACUGGUUUAUAUGGCAGCUUCAGCUCUCCAGCCUUCCCUCAGCCAUACCCCGACAACCAGCUUCAAGUGUGGAACAUCAGCGGCCCACCAGGACACAGGCUCAAACUCUACUUCACACACUUCAGCUUGGAGCCCUCAGACCAGUGUGAAUAUGAUUAUGUCCAGGUUUUUGCUGAGGGCAAUGAGACCCUGCGGUUCUGUGGAGAAGAGAAGAAGAACUAUGAGGGCAGCCCUAAGAACACAGUCAUCAUCUCAGCCUCAAACCUCCUGACAGUGGUCUUCAGGAGCGACUUCUCCAACGAGGGCAGGUUCACUGGAUUCCAGGCUUUCUACACUGCAGAAGACAUCAACGAGUGUUUCUUGAAGGUGGAUGGAGAGCAUGUGUGUGAUCAUUUCUGCCACAAUUACAUCGGCGGAUAUUACUGCACUUGUCAACAGGGAUACUUUCUCCAUGACAACAACAGAUCCUGCACAGUGCCGUGUAAGAGCCAAAUCUGGACUGACCUCUCUGGCAUUCUGACCAGUCCUGGAUACCCAAACCCAUACCCCCCCAUGACCCAGUGUAACCACACCAUCAGUUUACCAGAGGGCUACAGAAUCCUGCUGGACUUCUCUGCACCCUUUGAUAUAGAGAGCCACCCGGAGGUUCCCUGUCCCUACGACCUGCUCCGAAUUUCUACCACCGGACAGGAGUAUGGGCCUUUUUGUGGAUCUACACCUCCGAAUAACAUCGAUACAGGAAGUUACCAAGUCCAUGUGGCUUUCAGAUCGGACAGCAGUGGGCGAAACAAAGGAUGGAAAAUGAAGUAUAGUAGUGUCAAAGUUUGAUGAAUGACAGCUGUA